CUAAUUAAAAUGCUGGAUGUAUGAAACUGUACCAGUAUAUUUCGUAGACUUAAAAUAGUUGCAGUGUGCUGGUAGUCUCACUAUGUCGUGUAGAUCUGUUCUCAUUUCAAUUUUCUCAACAACGGACUGUCAGUAUGUAUCCCAUAAGUGUUAUAAUUGCAUUCAUCAUGGCACUUAUUGGUGUUUUAGUCUAUCUUCUUCCAGCUCUGUUUGAACCACUGCAAUUUCAAUUGAAAAGUCCUCCUUACCUUGGAGAUACUCUGCCUGUUAGUAACCAUCUUGAAAAUUCGGAUAAAUUUCUUGAGAAUCUGCUUCUGGGUCCGGAGUCCCUGGCUUUCAAAGAUGGUAUAAUCUACAGUGGUACCGCCGAUGGAAAGAUCAUAAAAAUCAGCCCAAAUAUGGAGUUAACCACCCUGAUAUCACUUGGCCCUUUAGGUUGUGUAAAUGAAACUGAAUGUGGUCGACCGCUUGGUCUACGGUUCACUCAGGAUGGAUUGUUGUAUGUUAUUGAUGCAUAUCUAGGCAUAUUUCAAAUUAAUACAUCAACAGGGGAGAGUACUAAUUUAGUAGCAAGAGAUACAAUAGUGGAUGGUAAGCCUAUUAGAUUUUUCAAUGACCUGACAGUUGGCUCUGAUGGCAUCAUCUAUUUCACGCAUAGUAGCACAAGAUGGCAUAGAUUUCAACAUCUCUCUCUUGCGAUGGAAGGAAAUAAUGAUUCAAGACUUCUUCGGUACAACCCGUCAUCAGGGGAAGUUUCUGUUCUCAUUGAUGGUUUAGCAUUGGCUAAUGGAGUACAACUAUCAAAAGAUGAAAGUUUCUUAUUGGUGGCUGAAGGAGGAAGAAUGAGAAUUCAUCAGUACUUCCUAACUGGUCCUCGCCAGGGAGAAAGAGAACUAUUUGCUGAUAAUCUACCUGGCUUUGCAGAUAAUAUUCGUCCAAGCUCGGGUGGGGGGUUUUGGGUAGCCUUUCCUACCAUAAGACGACAAUGUCUCUACGAUGUCUUUGCUCCUAGACCAUGGCUUAGAAAGCUUCUUAUUAAGUUUUUGAGCCCCGAUUUCAUUAUUCGUUCUACCACCAAGCCUUAUGGUCUGAUCAUGGAGUUUGCCGAAGAUGGUCACAUAAUACAAAGGUUAGAUGAUCCUACCGGUGCCGUAGUACCUUACAUCAGUGAAGUCCUUGAUACCGGAAAUGCCUUAUACCUAGGAUCAUAUACUUCUCCCUUCUUGGCUAAGAUACAUUUACCAUGAUUUUUUUUUCUUCCUUUAGUUAGCUCAUUGUACCAGUAUUUCAUGAAAGCUUUAGAGCAUCAAUUACUACACUAUAAGUACCUUACAUAAGUGAGGUCCUUGAUACCGGAAAUGUCUUAUACCUAGGAUCUUAUACUUCUUGAUACCUUGAUACACAUACUUCUUGAUUCAUAUACUUCUUGAUACCUUGAUA